CAUCAUUAGCCUCGUUGACCGAGUUGAUAACAAUGCGUCUUCGUGUGACUCCAGGCAAAGAGAUGCCUAUAUGAAUAAACUAGAGAGAUCGUGUGUUACUUUGGACACGACCACAGACAGAGCGCGGUCAAAGCAGAACACAGAACUACGGCGACUGCGACAAGAACAGGAAACUCUUGAGUAUUCGCAUGGAUAUAUUUUGUCGAUAUCAAAUCGAUACCAAAAUAGCUUUCUUUUUAUUAAUGUGGAUCCCAGCGUGCCGUGGUCUAGUUAUAAGUUUCCGUUCUAUGCAUAGUUAAAAACAUACAUUUUAUGAGGCAGGUCGUCUUGCGCGCUCGGACACCGUUUAUCGAUUGCAUGGUAAUGUUCACUUAUUUUCCCUGUACGUAGCUUUAGCUUACUUACAGGAAAUAAUUCAAUAUAUUUUAUAAAUCUAAACUGUACAGCAUUUUCCACAUUAAUGAAACUGUAUGAUGUCUCUUUACCAUUGGGCCAUUGUAAAUCACGUGUCCGCUAUCACGUGGCCCCUGAGGAAAAAGAGGAGCUUUUGGUGUAAAUCUGGACUGUAAUUCUGUAAUAUAUCACGGUACAUCGUAAAACCGACACUAAAACGACCCGGCCUACAAAUCACGCGGCCAAAUUAUGAGUUCAUUGUAUUAUGCGAAUGCUUUGUUUUCCAAAUAUCAAGCUGCAAAUUCGGUUUUCCCAACCGGGGUAUUUCCCGAGCAAACUUCGUGCGCUUUUGCGUCCAGUUCUCAGCGAGCCAGCGGCUAUGGCUCGGGGUCCGGUGGCAGUGCCUUCUCCUCAAUGCCGGGACUGUAUAGCAGCGGAGGGAGCAUGCACCCCCAGAACCAGAGCAUGUACCCGGCCGGAUAUGGCCUCAAUGCCGGGUCUUUCAACAUGCACUGCUCCCCCUUUGAUCAGAACCUGUCCAUGGUGUGCACCGGAGACCCAACCAAGCAGUCCAGUUGUGGCAAAGCAGAGCAACGGGACUGCGUUCAGCAAGAUGAGGGCAACUUCCGGAUCUACCCGUGGAUGAGAAGUACAGGUGUUGACAGAAAGCGGGGCCGACAGACCUAUACGCGCUACCAAACUCUGGAGCUUGAGAAGGAAUUUCACUUCAAUCGCUACCUGACCAGACGGAGACGCAUUGAAAUUGCCCAUGCACUCUGCCUCUCCGAGCGCCAGAUAAAAAUUUGGUUCCAGAACAGGCGCAUGAAAUGGAAGAAGGAGAAUAAGACCACAGACCAGAGCUCUCCCAAUGAAGAUAAACCUGGUGGUGAUGAGGAGGAAGAGGACGAAGAGUAGCGAAGGUGUCUCCCUAUCGUAGGAAAACAGAAAAUUGAAUAGUAGACUGAUACUCGCUCACCGCAUUUUGUAUGGCACUGAGUAUAACAAUCAUACCUACCAUGGUAAUUGUUUUGUAAAGUUAGGAAUUGAUAAUGAAUCUACCUAAAAAAUAUCUUUUAAAUUCAAUUUAAAUAAAUCUAAAAAAAAAAUUUCAUUUUUGAUUGCAAUUGCUUCUUCUGUGCUACUUCCUAAUUUGAAAUUAUCUUGUGUCCGGACCUUUCAGUUUUGCUGAAAUAGAAGUGCUUAUCCGAAAAAGGAAUUGUAUGUACAACUACAUGUCCUAAUGUAUAAAAAUGUGUUCUGUGCUUAGUAUCCAUCCCGUUAGUUUAUUUGUUGGCGUAUUUCUUUUGUUUUUUCUUAUAAUAGUAAAUUUUCUGGUAUUUCUCUUUUUACGUAUUUUGUGUACAGUGGACCAUAUGGUGUUGAAAAUGUUUGUGUUGUGAAGAAAUAAAUAACUGUAAAACAAG